AUGUUUGAAACUCGCGACGAUACUUUUGAUAACGAGAUUGAGGGUGGUGCUAAUAAUACCAUUGUGAGGAUGCCUAAGGAUAUUGGAGCUGGUCCCUUCGCGCGGGUUAUCAGUCUUGUUCUGAUAAGCUCUACUAGGAAGUUGCCUCAUUCUCACCUUAUACUACGUUCAACCACUAAUACCUAUAAGCUGACUGUUGACUAUGACUUCGCCGGUACAUCAAUAGAGAGGGAUGGAGAUGUUAACUUCUGGGUUGAUUACACCAAUCUUCUUAAGUACUGGAAGGAUAUUACUGAUACUCCAGCUAAUAAGUAUUCUCUUGAUCUUUUGUGUAUUGGGCCAGAGCUUAAGCUGACUGGUAAGAUGGAUGUAUUCCUUAGUAUCUCUGGAGAGCUGAAUGCCGGUGUUGUUGUAUUAUGGCCCUGUGCCGAGGUGUACUUCCCGCAGGAAGAUGGUGGCGUAUAUGCGUCUAUCAUACCCGAGGAUCUGAAUGUGACACUUACGCCGCAGGUCAAAUUCGGUAUUUCUGUGCUGGGUGGGGAUCUAAUGUCUGGAUAUGUUACAACGGGUGUGGAAAACACCAUUUCAUUGGGUGUUAAUGCAUCUACUUCCAUCUCUUCCGAUGGACCCACAUCUGCUGGAUUCUGCUACUGGGCUGAUUAUAUAUACUCAUUCUUUAUUUCUGCGGAUGUCUCUUUCCUCAAUGAUCUUGCCUACUGGGGAAGUACCUAUGAGGUAGCUUCUCCCGAUGAUCCAAUUAUCCUGGUAGACAACACCUGCAUCACGUACUUAAGUGACGACCCCCUUAGAAAGCGGAGCACUGUGGACAGUCUUGUUGCUAACAGUACUGGGCCUGGAUGUUUUGGUGGACUGGUGGAAUGCUCAACUACUGUUAGUGCUGGCAAUUCCUCUUGUACAUUGGCAAGUGACGACGACGACUCAAGCACAAUAACGAGCAAGUGCGCACAACAGUGCUACAACAUUCCUGCUCUCUUCUAUAACUGUGAUCUAUUCGGUAUAACCGAUGUUGCGAACCGGAACCAACUCAUAAUGGGAACCGAUCCAACAGUCCCAUUCAUAGGUAUAUACGCGAACAUUUACAACUAUCUGCUGAAAAAUCCGGGCAAGGUCAAGGGCAAUGGAAUAGAGCUUACCUAUCAAGGGGAAGAUGAAAUUGCAACUAAUAAUCGGAAAGAUGUAUGCUAUGCUAAAGCCAAGGAGUGCGCGAAGAGCAAGGUUGCACUGUGGCCAACCGAGAUUGUUCCAGCACCGACUGACUUUGCUAUAAUGGAGGGCUAUGACGAUAGUAUCUCAUGCGAUGAGUUCCCUUUUAAUGUAUCUCAGGAAGGAGGUAAUGGUGCGGAAGUCGUAUAUGUAAGCACCGAGCAGCAGAGAUACCAGGGCACUGUCAACAGCAUGAUAUCCUGUCUAUACGACACGCAGUCACUAAUCGACACUUUCAAAGAACCGGCGUCCAGAGGGUUGAAAUGGAACGACAAAAAUUGGACUCCUGUAAGCGCUUGGCCCGGUCAGCCACGCAAGUAUAGAGUCAACCUCGUGACUGGCUCCAUAUACAGCUAUAAUCUGGAUUACGCGGGCGAAAUUACCUAUACGCCGUUCGGCAUGGCUUACGUUGUAGGCGGGCUAAAUACUUGGGGCAAUCCAGAUUUAUAUCUGCCUUCGGGCAAUAACGCCGUGUGCUCGACUGGAGCAAAGUGGAAUGUGCUACUCAAUAUUGACGAGUUUCUUGGGUAUGGAUGUCAGGUCACUUUCGCGGCACAGACAACUGUGUUCAAGCGAGCCCAAGAUCCCGAUGAUCCCAGUACCUGGGUAAUUGAGAAAGUGGAAAUCUCUGAAGAGUCCUAUAAUAACCCAAUCCCGCUGUUUACAGAGGAUGGAAAGGGUUAUCUGGACUACGCAACGCGCGACCUCGAGGGGAUGAUGGAUGAACUGAACAUCGAGCCCGAUCAAGUGAAGGAAGCAAUGAUCACGCCCACGCCGCACUCAAGUCAUUUGCGUCAACAUAAAAACUCCCACCACCAUCACCACUGA